AUGAAAACUGAACCCACAGAAAUCAAAACUGAACCCACAGAGGAAGAUCGCACUGAGGAAGAAGAUGAUUUUAUUCCAUCAGAGAAGAAACUUCAUUCAGAAGACCACAGAGAGAAGAAGAAGAAGAAAAAGAAGCAGUUUCACUGUGAACAGUGUGGGAGGAUUUGUGUCUCUUCCUCUGAUCUAAAUGUUCACAUGAGUAUACACAGUGAUGAAAAGCCUUUCAACUGCACUGAAUGUGGAAAAUACUUCAGAACCAAAUCCAAUUUUAAAGUUCAUCAGAGACUUCAUACAGGUGAAAAACCUUACAAAUGCUCUCAGUGUGACAAGACGUUUGCUUGUUCAAGUAGCUUAAAAACCCACGAAAGAGUUCAUACUGGAGAGAAACCUUAUGUCUGUGCUAACUGUGGAAAGAGCUUCUCUGCAUCAUGUCAAUUAAGAGUUCAUCAAAGAGUUCAUACUGGAGAGAAACCUUUCAAAUGCUGUCAGUGUGACAUGACGUUUACUUUUUCAAGUAACCUAAUAGUUCAUCAGAGAGUUCAUACCGGAGAGAAACCUUAUCACUGUAGUGUCUGUGGGAAGAGUUUUAGUCAACGGAAUAACUUGGUUAAUCACAAGAGAAUUCAUGAUAAACCUUUCAAAUGCUCUCAGUGUGACAAGACGUUUGCUCUGUCACGUUACUUAAAAUCCCAUCAGAGAAUUCACACUGGAGAGAAACCUUAA